UUUGCGCUUUCCGUUUCAAUCCAGGAAAUUACACCCAAUAUAACCCUAUAAAUAUAAUUAAAAGUUCAAGACUACCCGCUUAUUCUCGUAAAUAACAAUAAAUAACUCCUUUUAACACUAUCAAUUGGGCCGAAAGAAGGUGAAAGGACAAUUUAAGAAUAUGUUGGGCCUUCAAUCCAAUUGGUUGGAUAUAUCCGUCCCAUAAGAUCUCAUUAGGCUGAUACCUUUUUUAUGCUUGUUUCUCAAGAAAUACAAAAAUCAUUUUUGUUGGAACAAGGAAGGAACAAACGCAUCUGAAAUCGAUGGCACCGCCAGCAGCAGAUAUCGAAGAUGAGAUCAAGGACGAGAAGAAUCCUCCGCCACUCGAUGAAGAUGAUAUUGCUCUACUCAAGACUUAUGGCCUGGGACCUUAUUCGACCAGCAUAAAGAAAGCUGAAAAGGAAAUCAAGGAAAUGGCCAAAAAGAUAAAUGAUUUAUGCGGUAUUAAGGAGUCUGACACUGGGUUAGCUGCUCCAAGUCAAUGGGAUCUGGUUUCUGAUAAACAGAUGAUGCAGGAGGAGCAACCUCUUCAGGUUGCCAGAUGUACAAAGAUAAUUAGCCCCAACACUGAGGAUGCAAAAUACGUCAUAAACGUCAAGCAAAUUGCAAAGUUUGUUGUUGGAUUAGGUGACAAAGUUUCACCAACUGAUAUAGAAGAAGGCAUGCGAGUCGGUGUUGAUCGGAAUAAAUAUCAGAUUCAAAUUCCAUUGCCUCCCAAAAUUGAUCCUAGUGUUACCAUGAUGACCGUUGAGGAAAAGCCUGAUGUGACAUAUAAUGAUGUUGGCGGAUGCAAGGAACAAAUCGAAAAGAUGCGAGAGGUUGUUGAGUUGCCCAUGCUUCACCCAGAGAAGUUUGUUAAACUUGGAAUUGAUCCCCCAAAGGGUGUUCUCUGCUACGGGCCUCCUGGUACUGGGAAAACACUGCUUGCUAGAGCAGUGGCAAAUCGAACAGAUGCAUGCUUUAUUCGUGUUAUUGGCAGUGAGCUUGUUCAGAAAUAUGUUGGUGAGGGAGCUAGGAUGGUUCGUGAACUGUUCCAGAUGGCGCGCUCUAAGAAGGCAUGCAUUGUCUUUUUCGAUGAAGUAGAUGCUAUUGGAGGUGCAAGAUUUGAUGAUGGUGUAGGUGGAGACAAUGAGGUGCAGCGCACCAUGCUUGAAAUUGUGAACCAACUUGAUGGAUUUGAUGCUCGGGGAAAUAUUAAGGUUCUCAUGGCCACUAAUAGGCCUGAUACACUUGAUCCAGCAUUGCUACGUCCUGGACGUUUGGAUCGCAAAGUUGAGUUUGGUCUACCUGAUCUAGAGAGUAGGACCCAGAUAUUUAAGAUUCAUACACGGACAAUGAAUUGUGAGCGUGAUAUCCGAUUUGAACUUUUGGCGCGUCUCUGUCCAAACUCUACAGGAGCCGACAUAAGAAGUGUGUGCACGGAGGCUGGAAUGUAUGCUAUUCGAGCAAGGAGGAAGACUGUUACAGAGAAAGACUUUUUAGAUGCCGUGAAUAAGGUCAUUAAAGGAUAUCAGAAAUUCAGUGCAACACCAAAGUACAUGGUCUACAAUUAAUUUGGACUACGUUUUUUUUGGUACAAACAAUCAAGCGUUGGCAGGAAUGGAGUGACAUUGCUAUAUUUGCCCUUCAGUUAUCCUUUGUACUCAAUUUGAUGAUUAUGUUGAGAUUGCUAUAUUUGCCAUUUAGUUAUCCUGUGUGCUCAAUUUGAUGAUU